GUUAAUAUACUUGAAGAAACGAGAAAACCAAGUCGUGCUACCUGUUCACUCGGAGUUAAACCAGUGCAGAGAGGAUUAUUAGUUAAAUCUAAGAUUAAACGAGUUAAAAAGUGGAGCCCAAAGCAGGGUUUAAGGGGAGUUUGGAUCGUCUCGCGCACGGCUCGCGCUCACUCACCGUCUCGCACGCGCACAUAUACAGUAACUUAUAGAGAGGUUUGAAUUAUAGCAAUAAUCCUAAUAAUACACAAGGUAUGGAAAUACUGGACAGCACUGAACCGUUCUUACGGUGGGACCGGAACCUGAGCGAGCUGUCCGAGUCCGGAGAUAACGACAAUGUCCUGUACAGCACACACUUCACCGAGCUCCUGGAUGACCUGUCUCAGGAGGCGCUGCUGGGACAGCUCCUGAGCGACCCCUUCCUGUCGGGGAGGGGCCACAUGAUGGACCUGGAGAAGGAGGAGGAGGAGGAGGAGCUGAGCCCGGCGUCUCCGCCGCCUCCUCACAUCCAGGCUGAGCACAGUUACUCGCUGAGCGGAGACUCCAGACCCCAGUCGCCCUUGUCCCAUCUGAUCCUGGAGAAAACCAGCAGCGAGUCAGUGUGUGCAGGAGAGUCAGACAGUGACGACUGGCCCAUGGAGCAGCAGCAGCAGCAGCAGGAAGAGGAUGAGGAGAUGGAGGAGGAGGAUGAUGAGGAGGACAAGUUAAACCUGAAGAUGGAGCCUCUGCUCUGUGACUCUCCAACGCUGCUGCCUACAGUGACUCUCACGCUCACGGUUAAACCGGCGACGGCCGCGUCCCUCUCACAGACCACGCAGCUCGUCACACAGGCGAAGGAGGACGAGAGCUUCAGCCCGCAGAUUAAACUGGAGCCGCAUGAAGUGGAUCAGUUCCUGAACCUCUCUCCUAAAGAGCAUGAGACUUUGCAGAUGCCCCCGACUCCCCCCAGCUCUCACGGCAGUGACACAGAGGGCAGUCAGAGUCCUGUGCGCUCCUGCGUCCCCGCCAGUCCCACGUCCAACCCAGCGGUCCUCAAGGUGGCGCAGCGCACGCCCGCCUCGCUGCCCAACUCGCUGUCCAACUCGCCCCUGCUCACCGCCCCUCACAAGUUGCAGGGCUCCGGCCCCCUGCUGCUGACUGAAGAGGAGAGACGCACCCUGAUCGCAGAGGGAUACCCCGUCCCCACUAAACUGCCCCUGUCCAAAUCAGAGGAGAAGGCCCUGAAAAAGAUCCGCAGGAAAAUCAAGAACAAGAUUUCUGCUCAGGAAAGUCGCAGAAAGAAAAAAGAAUAUGUGGACGCCCUGGAGAAAAAGGUGGAGACAUGUUCCAAUGAGAACAGUGAGCUGCGCAGGAAAGUGGAGAACCUUGAAAGCACCAACAAGUCUUUGCUGCAGCAGCUGCACUCGCUGCAGGCCAUGGUGACAGGAAAGGUCCCUCGCUCGUGCAAGAUGGCCAGCACUCAGACCUCCACGUGCCUCAUGGCUGUGGUCCUGUGUUUCGCCGUGUUCCUGGGUAGCUUCUACCAAGGCCUGAGCCCCUGCUCAUCCAUCACAAAGUCUGAACUGUCCAGAGAGCUCACCAUGCAGGAGUCUUACACCACCACAGUGAAGUCCAGAAACCUGCUGUCUUUUGAGGAGCACGGCGUAGGUGACGAGCCCCGCCCCUCCGGUCUGGGCGGAGAAUAUCCAGAGUGGGACACACAGUCUACCGCCUUGAUGAUGUGGCGUCUGGAGCAGCAGCGCAGACUCCAACAGGCCACGCCUCAAACUCCAGAGCCCAGCCCACCCUACGUUCAGAACAACGGCACCAACACGCAGAAAGCCCUCCUCAUCGACCUGCACAUGCACCGGUCAGCAGAGUCGCAAUCCAACGAAAUGCCGAGCGUCAUCGAGCUGGAGCGAACGGUGAACGAGCCGUCGUGAGGAUGGCCGGCCCACCUCCAGCUCUCCGGACGAGACGCACCCCCGUUCUGUAUUUAUAGACCCCCCCUUUUAAUAUUGUUCCUCUCGGUUCUUUUGUUUUUUGUAUGGAAAAAAAAAAUAAAAAACAAAAAAGAAUUAUUAUUAUAUCAUUCCGCCAUUAUAUAUUAGAUUUUGAUACUAUAUUUUAAAGCUUUUCGUUUCCCGUUUUUCCUCUUUUAUCUAAUGUACAUAUGUUUCCGAUUCAUGAAUCUGAAAAACAGAGCGGUGUCCUUCUAGUCUUCGGACUGGCGUCACACACCCCAGGGCCUGCAAUUAUGUAAACAAAUGUAAAUGUAAUCAUGGUUUGACUCUCCCUCUGAGUCAGACUCAUCGAAAAAAUGUGAGAACGCCGAAACAGGUCAAGAAUCCAAACAUUUGAUGAUACAUGGAUUAUUAACCCCUAAGGGUACAACAUGAGUCAUGCUGAUCCAAAGCCUUCAUAUCACAUCUUACUGUACUUACUUCGGAUAUCACUGUGGAAACACUUUUGCAUAAUCCUGUUUAGAGAGUGUGUUAUAACGUGCUUUAGGACAUUAUUUUAUAUGUGUGUGUUUUUUUUUUUUUUUAACUGUUCUAUGCAAGCACCCAUAACGGUGAUGCCCAGAUCAUAUGAGAGAAGUGUGUUCCUCUUAACCUUGUAAACAUAAUCCAGACUGGUUAAAAGGUUACAUUGGACCAGGUUUGAAAAUGUCACCGGAGCAGGUAUUAAAGUUAAACAGGUGAAGAUCUAGUAUUACGCAGAUUGUACAGUAAUUCCCCUUUGAUCGAUGCUAGACAGAGCCCUCGCAGUGUCAGAACUGAUUUCCUUUCAGCUUCAUGGCUCCUUAUUACAAUUACACAGGCAGUAUUUAUCAUUUCUGAUUUUUCCAUUUAUAACAGAAUAUUUUUCAUUGCUGACGGGGUGGAAAAAUACUGUAUGUAUGAUAAAAGGGCAUUGUAUAAAAAAAAAUUAACCCCCUUUAAAUCAUGAGAAUGUUUAAACUGUACGUUGUAACUCAAACAGUUGAUUGAUGUCAUGACAGUAAGUUUGAAUCAGAAUACCAUGUGGAUGAGCGGCUUGGUAUACAGUACAGUAUGUGGGUGGUUAUACAGUGGGAAAGAAAAGUAUUCAAAUCGCCUCGGUUUAACCGUAAGAGACCUGUUUUUUUAACCAAUCUUUCCUAAUGGACAUUUAAAAUGGAUCCAAAGGUUUUUGUUAAACGUAAAAUACCAGAAGGCGGCACAGUGGCGUAGUCUCCUUGCUCCUCCAGGGUCCAGGUUCGAUUCCCGUCUGCAUGGAGUUUGCAUGUUCUCCCCGUGCUUGCUGGGUUUCCUCCAGCUUCUCCGGUUUCCUCACACAGUUCAAAGACAUGCAGAUUAAGCGAAUUGACAUUCCGAAAUUGCCUGUAGUGUUUGAAAUUGCGUGUGAAUAUUGACCGGAGGUCCUACCACGGUCGUACGAUGGAAAUAAAUACAAUGAUCACCGUGGGCUUCCACAAUCCCUAAUUGGACUACAAGAUGGAUGGAUGGAAAAUAUUGUAGACCUUUAAAAUAAUAAUAAUAAUAAUAAAUAUCGAAACGAAUUGACAUCGGUAUUCUCCUUAAAUCAUGGCAAUGUCAAUAAAAUAUCUGUGUGAACUACAGAUUUUUUGGGGGUCCAGAUUAUAUUGUAUGUGUUUGAAGGCGAUGUGGAUUAACGUCCAACCAAUCAGAACGCUGCUCCUGAUCCAGGGGGAAAACAAACCCAAAAUGCAUGUAUUUGGAUUUCGCUUUCAUCCACGUCUUUACACAUGUUCCGUGUUAAAUUACUUUGAUUCUUUGACAUUUUAAUUUUUUGGGGGCGGGAGAAAGCUUUAAUGUCAUUUUAUUUAAAGAGGUUGACAAAUGGACCAGUGAAAACUGACCACAAAUAAAUGUUAGAAAGCUAUAUAUGUAUUUUACAACUUACUGCAUUUUGGCUGUGUGUGUUUUAUUUUUAUUUUUAUUUUUUUUAUAUCCUUCACCGUCACAGCCUGCACUGCUUUAAGCUGUUGUUUUUGGGGGUUAAACGAUGUUGUGUUCUGGGAGAGACAGCUGUCCACACAGCGCCAAUCAUGAUGUGAUGCCCAGAAUCUCGUCUGCACUGUAUCUCCAAAGAAUAAGUGUAUUUAUUACUUUUUAUUUUUCUUAUUUUAACGUUCUGCCACCUUUUUAUUUUUUGAUUUUUAUGCGACUAUUUUUAUAUCGACUAAAAUAAAAGGUUUUGGAGUUUGGAUGCCAUGUUUGAGCUGACACUGCGUUAUACUGUACUCGUGUAGCUUCGGAGUGUUCUGUAAAACUGUUUUCUUUUACGGUUCUGAUUGACUUAUUUUUGUUCUGCUCUUUUCUUUGUAUGAAGUAAAUAUUUUCCUUAGAAAAGCAUCAA